UUGUAUAAAAGUCUACCCUGUUUUCAAAUGGAAUCAGUCAAAAAUUCAAUACCAUGAACUUCUAUGCACUUUUAGCUUUUGCAGCAGCCAUGCUCAUGUUGCUGGCCAACCCUGCCGCCACCGCAACCUUGGCCACCGCGGCCACGGCCGCCACUGCGGCCACCGCAGCCUCCUCCGCCACCGCCGCCACCGCCGCCACCGCCGCCACCCCGGCACACAAGUAAACAGUGGCAGCUGAGCCUCACAAAACUACUCCAAAGCCGAAAUAAGUUGUUGAAUUCCGUUUUCUAAUGAUGUCAGUGAAAACACGAAAUAAAUGAAUGACUCAUA